AGCCUCUACCGGGUAAUGGCAGCGUCCGUCGUCUGCUUCCAUUAUUGACCAAAACGCUGGAAAUCCGACAUUUGGUCCUCAAAACGGUGUUUUUGUUGCAUUUAUCCGUCUUGACAUGCGUCGAGUCAGCUUCCUCCGUAAUACUCUGCAGCUGCUGAGCCCUGCUAGAAGUCAGGGUGGUUCCCAAGCUCCACAGUCGGCGGCGCAUGUAGUCGUUCGCUGUUAUGCGGCCCCUCCAAAGAGGUUCUACAAACACACAGGAGUUCUUAGCUGUGAUGGUCAGUAUGAAAUCACAUUGGAUCAACGGAAACUGAAAACGCCACAAGGCACAGUGUUUCGAGUGAAGAGUGAACCUUUAGCCCUGGCUGUGGCUUUGGAAUGGGACUCACAGAAAGACAGAAUUAAUCAGAGCAAUAUGCACCUUUCCAGUUUGUGCAACACCGCUAUUGACAAUCCCAACCAUUUAGUAAAGUUUGAUGCUGUUCAGCAAAUUUUGUCAUUUUUAGAAACAGACACCAUUCUUUUCCAAUCAGCAGAUCAGGAUACUCCUAAUGCUAAAGAACUUUAUGACAUGCAAGUGCGGGAAUGGAAUCCAAUAAUAGAAUGGUUUAAUGAGAGGUUUGGAGUUAAUGUGCAGCCAUCAAGAGACAUUGGUGUACCCAGCAUCAGUGAUGAAGAAAAGGGAAAAAUUCAGCGUUAUUUGUUGUCUUACAAUGAUUGGGCAAUUCAUGGAUUCUGCUUUGCUGUGGAAACCAUCAAGUCAAUUAUUUUAACAUUGGCCUGUGUUGAGCGACUUAUACCUGUUGAGAAAGCUGUGUUGUUGUCCCGGUUGGAGGAGGAAUAUCAAAGUGGAUUCUGGGGUCGAGUAGAAUGGGCACACGAUUUAAAUCAGCAACAGAUGCAGGCUCGAUUGGCUGCUGCUGUUCUGUUUAUUCACAUGAACUCGAAUUCUGUGGCUUUGCGGCACAAGGAUCCUUGAAAACCAGUCUAGUUAUGUGAUUCUAAAAACAGAAGAGGCCCAGCAAAACUGUAUUGACUUGAGUACAUAGUACUCUCCAAAUUAAUAUUUACAAUAAAGAAAACUGAUGAUGGUCAUCGGAAGCCAAUACCCCUUUUUGAGAAAUAUUUAAUAAAACUAGAAUGAACCAAAUAAA